ACGCGGCCAGCUAGCUCCCCGCCCACCUUUGUAGCCGGCGCCGCCAGCCCGGCUGGCCGCGCCGGCCGGGCGGAGAUUGAGUUAGGUACCCUACAUGUAGUUCUCGGAAAGGCUGCAGUUCUGCAGGCACAGAUUCGCGAGCUCUCCUGUCCCCAGUUUUGGAACCUUUCUCUUUUCUUGAUCUAAAUUGAAAAUUCAUCAAAAUGUUGCAAGGUUAUGAUCCAGUAACUCAGUCUUUAUUUGGUACUUUGUUUACGUGGGGGUUAACAGCCGCUGGAGCUGCACUGGUGUUCGUCUUUACGAGUGGAAAGAGGAAAAUUCUUGAUGGCAGUUUAGGGUUUGCUGCUGGGGUAAUGAUAGCAGCAUCAUAUUGGUCUCUCCUUGCCCCAUCUAUUGAGAUAGCAGAGACCAAAGGAUACAGCAAAUGGUCUUUCAUGCCAGCUGCUAUCGGAUUUAUAUUGGGGGCGCUCUUUGUUUAUGCAGCAGAUGUCUUUCUUCCCAUGCUUGGGGUUUCAUCACCGAAUGUUGCCUUGGCUUUACAAUCAGAGAACAAACUUCAUGCGGAAUACGGAGAUGACCUGGACGUUACCACGGUAACACAGAAUUUAGACGAAGAAACGCCAGAUUCAUCGACCGUGACCCAACGCAGAAAACAGGGAGGGGCCAACUCCUCGGUGACCGUCCAGUUUUCCAAUGGAGAUACCAGUCUGCCUUCAUCACCUCGGGACAGAGCUGCGGAGAGAAGCUCCGUGACGUGGAAGAGAAUCCUACUCCUCAUCAUUGCCAUCACAAUACAUAACAUUCCAGAGGGUUUAGCCGUUGGUGUUGGAUUCGGAGCGAUAGGAAAAACACCCUCAGCCACGUUUGAGAAUGCAAGGAAUUUAGCGAUUGGUAUUGGAAUUCAAAAUUUCCCAGAAGGCCUUGCUGUUAGUCUUCCCCUCCGAGGCUCAGGGUUCUCUAUAUGGAGAAGUUUCUGGUAUGGCCAGCUGAGUGGUAUGGUGGAGCCCAUAGCAGGUGUAAUUGGGGCGCUGGCAGUCACCGUUGCAGAACCUAUCCUACCGUAUGCCUUGGCCUUCGCAGCAGGUGCCAUGAUCUACGUGGUAGUGGAUGAUAUCAUUCCAGAGGCACAUACAAGUGGUAAUGGUCGGCUAGCUUCCUGGGGCGCUGUCUUUGGCUUUGUGGUGAUGAUGUCUUUAGACGUUGGACUGGGUUAACGCUCGCCUCCAGCUACAUUCGUUUUACUUAUUUAUUCUUCCAAGAGGUGGUACUUUAUUAGUAAAAUCUAAAUUAGAUCAGGGCCCUGUCUUACAAAGAGUUACGAUUGAUCGGAACAAUUUCAAGUAUAUGGAAAUCCAUCAUUUUCAUAAUUUUUUCUUU